AUGCCAUUCCACGACCUUAACGUCCUCUACACUAGCAACCACGCAGACCUCUCCCAAACACUCGCCUUCCAUGCUGAACUGGGUUACUCAGUGGUCGCCCUUUCUCUCUCGGUCACAGGCAAACUUCCAUCCACGCCUCAACCCAUCCCCGUCUCCUCGAUCGUCAUCCCAGAGAGCAUUGGCACAGUCCUCACACGACUGACACUCACAAUCUCCGACGCUACCCAAAACCAUCGCCUAUCUCAGUUCUCACCGGCAUACUCCUUGCUUGCCGUCCGGCCCACAACAGAGAAAACCCUCCAAGUCUGCUGCACGUCUCUCGAUUGCGAUCUGAUCUCUCUCGACCUCUCUCAACGGCUUUCAUUCGCCUUGAAAUUCAAAACCAUCUCUGCGGCACUACAGCGCGGGAUACGCUUUGAGAUAUGCUACUCCUCCGCGAUUCAAUCGUCAGGAAAUAAUGAGGCGAGGAGAAAUUUAAUCAGUGGUGCAACUGCACUCAUUCGCGCAACGAGGGGCAGGGGUAUAAUCUUGAGCAGUGAAGCCAAAAACGCUCUGGGAGUAAGAGGGCCACAUGACGUGAUUAAUUUGGCAACUAUCUGGGGGUUGGGACAGGAGAGAGGGAAGGAAGCAUUGUGUGAAGAGGUCGCUAAGGUCGUGAGGUUAGCGGGGAUUAAAAGGACGAGUUUCAGGGGUGUGAUCGAUGUCAUCGACGGAGGUGGGAGGCCUUCCGUUGCUACUAAGGGCGGAGAGGAAAAGGAGAACAGUGCUCGACAUGAAGUGACCCAAGACCAAGUUGCGAAAGGAAGGGAAGAAGUGAUCGUCAACGGUCUAAAACGGAAGGCAUCCGGAACGCGCCUGGCAACUUCCACGGAUCAGAAUCGUCGGCCUACAGCGGAAGACAAACCCCUUUCAAAACGCGAGAUGAAAAGAGCGAAGAAGGCUGGAAUGGACAGAGGUGAUGGUGGUAAAGCAGGGCCCGACGGCGCAGAUACAAGCCGCGUCCAGGAUACCGCUGCAUCAGAUUUUCCUAUCAAGCACGAGACACUUUCCGAUAAGAAAGUGUUCGCUAAAAGCUAG